AAAAAUGUGAGUCGCCGCUUUCACUCUGCUUUGUCACUUUUUAAGCUUUUAUAGCUAAAAUCUCUUUGUCUUUAGUUCUCUGAGAAAAUCGGAGAGAGAGAGAGAGAGAGAGAGAAGAAGAAGAAAAUGGAGAAGGCGUUAACGAAAGUAACGAGCUUUAAAGUCGGAGGUUCAUGGAUCUCUAAGAAAGCCAAGGAAGAGCUCUCUAACAUCACCAAUGACCUCACUACUUUCUCUAGUACCGUUGAAGAAAAAGCGAAAUGGGUUUUCAACAAGCUUAAAGGAAAACCACUCAAAAGCUUACCAGAUCUUCUCAAAGAGUACAAUUUACCACCAGGACUCUUCCCACGAAACAUAAUCUGCUACGAGUUCGACGACACAAAGAACAAACUCACUGUCUUCUUCUCUUCACCAUGCGAAGUCACAUUCAAAGAUGGAUCAGCGAUAAGGUACGCCACGCGCGUGAAAGGGAUUUUGCUUAGAGGGAAACUGAUGGGUGUUGAAGGGAUGAAGACAAAAGUGUUGGUUUGGGUUAAAGUGACAACAAUCUCAGUCGAGAGCUCAAAAUCAGACAAGCUCUGGUUCACUGCUGGUGUUAAGAAAUCUCGAUCUAAGAAUGUUUACGACACACCUCAUGACGCCAUCAAAGUAGUUGGAGAGUUCUAAGUUUUUUUUAUGGUAAACGAUUAUUAACUUAUUAUCAUAUUUUAUUCUUAAGUCUCAUAUUGGUUAUUUGGGUUUAUUUGCAUAUUGGGAAGAGGUAUAUAUAUAACUCUCAUUCUGGUUAAAGUGUUUUUCUAAUAUAACUCACAUUUUCCUACAUUAUGCUUAUGCAACAAAUCACCAAUACAUAUGAA